AUGAACUGGACAGAAGGGAACUUGGCCCGUCACUCUCGGGGCCACGCGAAAAACGAAGUGCUGAAGCGUCAGAAGCAACAUUUCGCCAACGCCCGCAAUAGGCUCCUGAACGGAAAUGUCAAACAGAGCCCCGUGAAGAUUUCUUUUCUCAGUCCAGACUAUGUACACCAUCUACGAAAGGAGCCAGAAUAUGCGUUAUCUCCAUCGACCCAUCUUCGUUCUCCUGCGCUGCCAUCGACUGAUGUAGGGGGCCAUAGCCGGAGCACAAAACAGUCGUUUGAUCCACAGGCUGAUGACGCAGAAGAAACUGCCAGUAUUGCAGUAUGCCUGAAUACCAAUCCCUUUUCCGGUGCCAGAAAGCGUUCUGCACUCGACGCCAAAGCGGAUCAAGAGAAUCCCAGGGUUUACGACAAGAGACGGAAGCUCCUCAGAAAGCCUGACUGGGCAGGCUUGGAGUUCCAACAGCCGAUAGAGCUUGUAUUUUCUGGCAACAAACAAGCGUCGGGUGGGCGCCCUUGGAGAAUGAUAGAACAACCAAGCCAUGGAGCUCGCUUGAAUCUGGUGCAGCCUAUGAGAACAAGAGAAAUUGGCCAGGAGGAGCUCGGAGUAUCUCCACCAGCUUUGACACAAGCUGGGCCUGCGAAUAUGAAAAUUCAGAUCGGAAGCCAGGAAAAAGAUCCGAGAAGGACUUCAACUUCACCAUUGUCACCACCUACGUUGAGCCCCAAUCGUUUGCAAGCGCAUCAAAUUGGUCGUGCUCCGCAGGGCCGAGUGACAGACGCCAGCUAUAUGGAAGCUUGCACAAGCAGUACCUCUUCGUCAAUGGAUUACUUUCAGACCAGAAGCAUGGAGGCUCGAAAAGGACGUAAUGAAACCAGCCGAUACUCUAGGGAGUUUCCAGUAUAUUCUCGCCAAGAGCUGCAUUGCGCAGCGCCUGUACAUGUCGCACAUGCAUCGUCUGAGAUCCACGAGCCAACGCCGUGUCGAGCUACUAGAUCAAAGAUCCUCCAGUGGUCUCCAUCCAUGAGGUCUGACGGUAGUGGGAGCAUCCAUGUUGAAGUCGGACGCCAAAAACGAAGACCUCCCUCCGAGAUCGCCGAGAACGCGAGGUGGAUGGAACGUGUUCUCGCAUCUUGCGAGAACGACAUCAUCCCCCUAACACGAGGCUCGUCUCUUCUAAAUAGUCCUAUGUUUAGACCGAAUAUUAGUCCUGGAAUCAGUGAAUUGCCAACUCAACCGGACACAAUGGCUUUCGAAACGAGCGAGGCCAGUAUGAUGCGUUCGUCGUCCAGUCUACCGAUGCAACGGACCAGCAACAUUAGCCACCCGCAAGAGAACGAAGACAAGUCUUACCGGAUCGCUUCAUACCAAGAAACUAACCCAAAUUUGCACAGUGGCCACGGGCAAAGAACCGAAGAACCCGGCAAGGAAUCAGUUUCUGAAUGCAGUAUGGAUGCCCAUCGAUCGAACACCAAACUUUCGAAGACACACAUUAUAGCAAAAGAAUCUACUGAAGCCUAUUCGCAACUUGAAAAAUGGAGACACAGAACUGAAGAAGAUGACAACGAUGCUUGGAAGAGGCUCAUUUUCGGUUCAAGUACCGACGACGUAACUGAUCAGGUUUUCAAAGAGGCUGUAAAUUUAACAGCCAGGGAGUUGCAACCAUCUAGCUCGGUGAUAAGCACCGAAGAAUUCCUUUCGCCUUCGUAUGAGGGCGAGGAGCAAAUGGCUGAGGACCCGCCGUCAACUCUCGGAGAUAGCACACCAAGGUUGACUAGUGUUGAUAGGACUUCUGGAUGUGUUGAAUUUUCUGAUACUAUCAGUGCAAGCUGCCAGGCGGCCGACGGCUCAGUCUCAUCGGGGGAUGUGCAAAUGGAGUUACCCAAAACAUUGGCGGGUGGGCGAGAGAUGGGUGCUUCUGUCAUCGGAACGGCCAAUGACUCUGAUUCUUUGCCUUCGUCAGCAUUGAGGAGCGCAGAGAGGGAACACAGAAGCAUUUCACCGCAACUACACUCCAAUCAAGCGACAAAGGCAGACUCUGAUAAUACAGACACAAUCGCUGACCGCUCUUCAUCUAUAUUCACUUUGCCGAGCCUUUUCGUGGGAAAACUUGCUCACCCGGGAGCAGAGUCCUUAUUGAUGCCGCUGCCGCCACUGAAAGCACCGCCAUUGUGUAACAGAAGCGGUAAGGCUCGAGGAAGAGGUAGUCGCAAGAGGAGACCGCACGAGGGACGAACUGACAUCAGAGCUUUACCCGACUUUGAUGGGGACCCAAUUGAGGAGUCUUGA